UCUGUGGUGGGGAGAGUGUGGCUAUGUGCUCUCAACUCCUAUAAAUUCUCUGAUUCAUGUCCUCUUCCCCCACAUCCCGGUUUUGUGAAUGUGUGGAGGGAGGGAGGGGCCACCCAGGAUCCUGCUGUUGAAGCGCAGCUGCCUGAGGCUGGAGUACUCUGCUUCCUAAAAGGCAGGCCAAGGCCAGGGCGUGAGGUGGUGGCGGUAGGUGUGGAGCAGAGUUCAGCCUAGCUUGACAGGAUGUGGGACUGAAAGAAAAAGCCAGGCUUUGGGCCGAGAUCAGGUUACUGUCGGCUUCUUAACUGCUCCCUGCCUGGUUGGUGGUAGGACUGGGCCUCAUUUGUCUCUUCUUUUUGGGGCUCCUCCCAGCCCGGGCUCUAGCCCCCUCCCCCUUCCCGACAGCCUUGACUUGAGCUCCGCUCCAGGGCCCGCCCUCUUCCUCCCAGGCUGUGGCCGGGGAACCCCUGCCAGCUGGAGGUCAGCCCGCCCCCAGGAGGAAAUAAGGGAAGCUGCGAAAGUGUGAUGCACUGUUGGUUCACGCUGCUGGGGCCCCAGCCAUGGCUGCGAUCCGAAAGAAGCUGGUGAUUGUGGGGGACGGUGCCUGUGGGAAGACCUGCCUUCUCAUUGUCUUCAGCAAGGAUCAGUUUCCAGAGGUCUACGUCCCAACGGUCUUUGAGAACUACAUUGCAGACAUAGAGGUGGAUGGGAAGCAGGUGGAGCUGGCUCUGUGGGACACUGCAGGGCAGGAAGACUAUGAUCGCCUGCGGCCUCUCUCCUACCCGGACACUGAUGUCAUCCUCAUGUGCUUUUCCAUCGACAGCCCGGACAGCCUGGAAAACAUACCUGAGAAGUGGACCCCGGAGGUGAAGCACUUCUGCCCUAAUGUGCCCAUCAUCCUAGUGGGGAAUAAGAAGGACCUGAGGCAAGAUGAGCACACCAGGAGAGAGCUGGCCAAGAUGAAGCAGGAGCCUGUUCGAUCUGAGGAAGGCCGGGACAUGGCAAAUCGGAUCAGUGCCUUUGGCUACCUUGAGUGCUCAGCCAAGACUAAGGAGGGGGUUCGGGAGGUAUUCGAGAUGGCCACUCGGGCUGGCCUUCAGGUCCGCAAGAAUAAGCGCCGGAGGGGCUGCCCCAUUCUCUGAGAUCCCCUUCACUCCCCUCAUUCACCCCCCCUCUUUCACAAGGGCAUAUAAAGAACCCACCCACCCUGAACUACACCCUCUUAGGAUGCCAUGUUGAAGGCACUCUUCAGUUCCCUCCUGCCCAGGACUGCAUUAAAUCUCCCAGCCCCAAAGUGAUGGUGAUGGGUCCUUCCCCCUUCCUGCCUGUGGGAAACAGGCCUGUGCCUGGUCCUUCCAGAGCAUUAGCCCUGCCCCUGCUGCCUUGGUCUGGGGGUGGGGCUCUUGCUGUUUGGCCUUCCCCAGAGAACAGUCACACACCAGCACUUUAUAUACUUCUGGCUCCCAGGAGCACGUCUAGGGUAGGGAACUGGGGUUUCUGCUCUAGGCAGGGGCCUUUGUCUGUGACUUCACUUGGAGGGGGGCAUGAAUAAAAGCUGCAGGUUCCAACAUG